UGGAGCUGCGGAGUCUGGCGUCUAUAAUUGAUUUCGUCUGCUGUCGGGCCAGUAUUGUUGUGAGCGUCGCGGGGAGCACAGAGCGCUUGCUGCUUAACUCAAUAUUUAUAUUCACUGACAUACGUCUCGCGAGGCCCUGAGUGACCAUGUGCGGAAUCUUCGCCUACCUGAACUUCUUGUCGCCGAAGAGCAGACAGGAGAUCAUCGAACUGCUCAUCAGGGGGUUGGAGAGGCUCGAGUACAGGGGCUAUGACUCCGCAGGCAUUGGUAUCGACUCUGUAACCAACGGGGUGACCCUAAUCAAGCAGUCCGGUAAGGUAAAGUGUCUGCGGGACAAGAUCGAGGCGCAGCAGAAGGACUUGGACUUCGAGCGGGAGUUGAACAUCCACGUGGGGAUCGCUCACACCCGCUGGGCGACGCACGGGGUUCCCUCCGACAUCAACUCCCAUCCGCAGAGGUCCGACGAGAACAACGAGUUCGUCGUCGUCCAUAAUGGCAUCAUCACCAACUACAAGGACGUUAAGGUGUUCCUGCUGCAGAAGGGGUACAAGUUCGAGUCAGACACCGACACGGAGAUCAUAGCCAAGUUGAUCAAGCACCUUCAUGUCCUCCACCCAUCCUACUCCUUCAGGGAGCUGGUCGAGCAGGUCAUCCAGCAGCUGGAGGGAGCCUUCGCCCUGGCGUUCAAGAGCAAGCACUUCCCAGGAGAGUUGGUGGUCACUCGACGAGGCUCCCCUCUGGUAGUGGGCAUCAAGACGAAGGAGAAGCUCGCGAGUGACCAUAUUCCAGUCCUCUACAGCAAAGAUUCACCCGAGAAGGUUGACCUCCAAGACUUGGAAGGUCUUCCUGCUAAAGAAGACAGUCAAGGAGAUCACCGCACCCACGUUUUUGAACUUCCUCACGGCCUUGCACGCACUGAAUCUACGGCCGAAUUCCUUCCUCUUGGAGACGACAAGGAAGUGGAGUAUUUCUUUGCGUCAGAUGCUUCUGCUAUCAUUGAACACACAAAUCGUGUCAUUUACCUCUUGGAUGAUGACGUUGCUAGUGUUGAUUCAGAAGGCAUCCUCAAGAUUCAUCGCCUCAAACGCUGCUUGGAAGACUCUCAUGCGCGGGAAAUUACCACACUGAAGAUGGAAAUCCAACAAAUAAUGAAGGGUAACUUCUCGUCGUUCAUGCAAAAGGAAAUCUUUGAACAGCCUGAAUCUGUUGUGAACACUAUGAGAGGACGCAUCAACUUCGACAGUGAAACUGUGGUAUUAGGUGGCAUUAAGGAACACUUGAGUGAAAUUCGUCGCUGCCGUCGACUUUUGUUGAUUGCUUGCGGGACGUCCUACCACUCAACCAUCGCCACACGACAGUUGCUGGAGGAGUUGACCGAACUUCCCGUCAUGGUGGAUUUGGCCUCCGAUUUCUUGGACCGCAACACGCCCAUUUUCAGAGAUGACGUUUGUUUCUUUGUAUCUCAGUCUGGAGAAACUGCAGAUACCCUACUAGCUCUGAGAUAUUGCAAGACCCGCGGCGCCCUUAUUGUAGGCAUCACCAACACCGUUGGUUCUUCCAUCUGCCGGGAAUCGCACUGUGGUGUUCAUAUUAACGCAGGUCCAGAGAUUGGUGUGGCCUCGACUAAGGCGUACACUUCGCAGAUGAUCUCGCUGGUAAUGUUCGCCCUCAUGAUUUCUGAAGAUCGCAUCUCUGCCCAGCCUCGCCGAUCAGAGAUUAUCCAGGGCCUCCGCAAGCUGCCCGAACAGAUUAAAGAGGUAUUGGCUCUAGACUCCAAGAUCCAAGAGAUUAGCAAGGAAGUGUUCAAGAAGAAGUCGCUGCUGGUGCUUGGUCGCGGCUACAACUACGCCACGUGUCUUGAAGGUGCACUAAAAAUCAAGGAAAUCACCUACAUGCACAGCGAGGGCAUCAUGGCCGGGGAGCUGAAGCACGGCCCCCUCGCUCUCGUCGACAAAGGCAUGCCCAUCAUCAUGAUCUGCACCAGAGACAACGUCUUUUUGAAAUGCAUGAACGCUCUACAACAAGUGACGGCCCGUGAAGGCCGGCCAUUCCUCAUCUGCAAUAAGGACGACGACGAGAUUAAGAAGUUUGCGUCUAACACCCUAGAGGUUCCCAAGACUGUGGACUGCCUUCAGGGUCUCCUCACGGUCAUACCGUUGCAGCUACUCUCCUACCACAUUGCGGUUCUUAGAGGCUGUAAUGUUGACUGCCCAAGAAACUUGGCAAAGUCCGUCACUGUCGAAUAAGUGUCACUCUUGUCGAUGCCCUGCGUUCAACUUGGGCACACUACAGUUUCUCGCGUGUCAAGCUUCGUAAUAGUGUGUUAUGGAAGUUGUCGAUAUGUAGCUUUCUGGAAAUUAAAUCUGAAUAGCUUGAAGCAGCAGCUCAAAAGAAAACUGUAGAUGGGUCUAAUUGACAUGCAGUUAAUGUCUGUGAUUGCUUUCCUCAUACUUCUUAUUCUUACCAAAAUCUCUCUUUGGUGUUGCUAAUACAUUCUAGUUUGUGACUUUUUAAAUUUUUUGUUAUAAUUUUAUUUGAAAGAUUUUGGCAGGAUUUUCUAAAGUUCUUCCAGCAAUAAAAUAACAUGAAGACACACUACACUUUUAUAUUAACCAUGUACUCAGCUUAUUAGUCCCAUCCAAACUUUAUAUGCCAUUAUUGACUUGACUUGUGACUCUCGCAAGUCAAGCCUGGCCUCGGGCCGGGCUUGGGGGCAGUAGAAGAACUCCCAGAACCCCAUCAACCAGGUAUUCUUUCAUAUCGAUGGCUUAUCAGUUGAGGAUAAAUUAAGACCCCAUGUAUAAGUGGAUGAGUAUUCUUGGUUUAUAUAGAGACACAAAGCAUAUAGAUACAAUUAGAGAAUUCAAAUUCUCUAUGAGGAUGAGGUCUUCAAACAGUGAUUGUUGUGUGUGUGUGUUUGUGUGUUUUCUGUAAACUAACGCAAUGUAAUAAAAUUAGAGAAUUUAUAAAUAUUGUAACCUGUUGGGCAAAAGUUGUAUAAAGGAGCAAAAUGAUGCUCAUGUGUAAAUAUGUAUUUAUUACCAACAUUGUUAAACUGCCAAAAUCUUUUACAUGAUCAUAAUUAAUGAGAGUUCUCAUGAUCCACUGUAAACGAUCCCUUUGGUUAAUUGUGUAUCACAGACGCAGUGUAUUAUGCCGAGGUCUUUGAACCCAAGAAAUCAUUUAAGUGCAAAAGUAUCUUUUGUGGCUUUUACCCGUCCUCGCUAAAGAAAGUUGUUGAUCAUUCACAAAUGAUUUUUAAUAACUAUCUGAAUUGGGAUUUUUUUUUUAGAAAUUUAAUGCUAAUUUUAUUCAAAGAAUGACACAAAUUAGAAGUACGGGACCAGAGUUUAAUUUGCUGUCUUUUUUUACUUUCAGCGUUCUUACAUAUAUUCUUAUAUAUAUUCUUCAGCUUACACUCUGUGGUUUGUUUGUGAAUUACACAGGCUGUACAAAAUAUGAAAACCUACCACAUGGUACUAGAAUCAUUCCUCGUGACAUGAGAAAGACUUUAAUGCUGCAUAAUGAACAACAUGCAGCAUUUGAUUCAUUUCCUGUCUCCUAUACUGCUAUAGCUAUUAUGUACAGUAUACAACUUUUGUAACGAGCCUUUACUCAAAGAUAUUGUAAAUGGGAUUGGAAAUAAAAAGUUGAAUUCUU